UCAAAUCAACCGCCAUCCCCGUCCUCCUCGUCUUCUCCUUCAUCGUCAUCAAGGUCCGGUCCCAGAUCAGCCUGUCGGGUGAAGUGGCCCGCCUCGCUCUGUAGCUGCCUACCUCUGUGCUCCUUCUCAGUCUUCCCCUCCCCCUGGUUCCCGGCAGACCAUGCCCCGCUCUUUCUCUUAGUGGCCACGCAUCCCGUUCCCGCCUCCCACCCACCCGACGGUCCUCAUGGAUCUGACUGAAGUGACCGUUCCCAUGAGCGGUUUGGCCGAGCACGACCUCGAACCCGUGCACGAUCUCAUCCGCACGCAUCUCCGCCAAGAAUACGGCUUGCAUUGGUCCAGCAAGCCGCGCCAUGGACGGACUCGCUUGGGCGGAUCGGCCUCGGGUGCGUCUUUUCUCUCACGCACGCCCGGCAAAACCUCGUCCAACGGGUCGGGCAGCGGACCCAGCGCCGUGUUUGGCCGUCCCUUGCGCGAUUUGCCCAUGAUGGUGGCGGUGAGCGGCUCGGACGACCAGUCCUGCCUGGCGCCGCACAUUGCCAUGACCCUUUGUCAACGGCUCGAGGCCACGCCCGGCGGUUUGGCCACUGAGGGUAUAUUUCGCAAGUCCGGCUCGGCUUUGCGGCAAAAAGAACUACGAGCCGCCUUGGAGCGGCCCAAUGGACGAACGGAAGGACCCGGAGAGCCAUGGUCCGAUGCACAAGUGUUGGACAUGGCCGCUCUGCUCAAGCAAUGGUUGCGGGAAAUGCCCGAACCGCUGAUUCCUUUUCACUUCCAUAAGACCAUGGUUGAAGCUACUCGAUUAAGUUUGAUGGCCGCGCGCGAGUCCCUAAUGCUCUUGACCUGCCUUUUACCGCCGCAUCACCGGUCCACCCUGAAGUACUUGUGUCAGUUCUUCCAUCGGGUGGCCCAAGAAUCCGCCCUCAACAAAAUGGACGUGUCCAACUUGGCCAUUGUGCUCACCCCGACCUUGUUUCCUUGGGAUGACCCAGGCAAAGUCAAAGCCGGUAAAACCGACGAACAUUUGGCUGCCAAAACCAAAGUGUUGGACUAUCUUUUCCGAUACCCGCAAGAGAUCGGAAUACUAACCGGAGCCGUGGCACUGGCUUACCGUCAGGUGAUGGAGUUAAAUUUUGCUCCCUCGGAUGACAAUUUGGACACGGAUGGCGAGACCGGUCUGGCCAAUGGACUCGGGCCCAUGGCUCGUCGUCGACGAAAAUUAAAGCGCCGGAGUGGAUCCUUGUCACGUGUCCUCACCGCCACCAUGCGUGGAAUUCAAAAAGCCGUGUACCGAUCGACGUCUACCCCCGGCUCAGUGCAUAAGAGGCGGGGCGGUGAAGAGUCGUACCAUUGCACCCCCUUGCCUCAAUCCCAGCGAAAAGGGUUCGUGUCACCCCGACUCCCCUUGAAAAGGAAGGCUGACAAGGAGCACGAGGCCUCGCCUCCCAAGUCAAAAAGCAAGCGCGUACCGUUUGACGCCGCAUCCGCUCAUACGCCCAAGAUGAGAUCUGGCUCGUUCAGCAUUAAGAAGUUCAAAAGAAAGAAGUCGUUGAAGGAAUCGUGUCUUCUCCCCAAUCCGAGUUUGAUCAAUUUUUCUCCCUUGCCUAGUAAGCCAUCAGUUCUGAUGGUCACUCCUGGCACGCCUCAAUCCAUGGUGGACAUUUCAGCCGCCAAAGAUUUGGAUCAGUCUCAAGACACGGAGAGUCCCAGCAUGGUGAUGGAAUCGGAUGCGUCCGUGUGUAGUAAUAGUCAGCCCCACUAUUCACGGCAACCCGUACUUGACGGAUCGAGUUCUUCCUUUCGAAAGCCACCCCCGCCUCCUCGAUCCGAUUAUGACACGCCAGAUUUGGGCACCCGAGGCCGGAGACCUCGUCGGUCCCGAUCUCCAAGUGAGAGGAAGAUUGGACAGAUGCGGCGUCGAUCGCAUGACGCUGGGAAAAAACUCGCUUCGUCGUCCCAGGAAUGUCUUAUCGACCACACCUCCAAGGAAUUGCAAGUCAAGCCCAGCAUGACUAAUGUGGAUGCCCAAGACAUGAGAGCUCAGUUGAAACUGGGUAGAAACUACGCUCAAAAACGCCACGGAGCUAGUCCCUUAAAGGGAGUCGGCGGUGGUUUACGAUCGAAGUCUCUAGCUAGUAUGCGCAACAAAGAGUCCAUUUCGGAUCUGAGGAGGGACAUAAAUUCCUUCAUUGAAAAAUCUUUCUCAGCUGAUAUUUCAGGAAUCUCCAAACUGGACGAGGAUAUCCAGUCUAACGACACUUUCGAGAACAGCAGUGUCAAAGAUCUCGCGGACAACAUUCAGCAGAUUUCCGUCGCCGAAAGAAGAGACACGCUUUUGAGACGACAGAGCUCUGCCUUUGAAUUCUCUAGAGCCUUGAGCAUUCCCAAAAUGGAACCCCAUGAAAUGCGGCGCCAGUCUUCGGCAUUUGAGAUUGCCCGGCGGUUUGAGGGCCGAGUAGAAGAGCCCUUGUAUGAGAAUUUCGAACGAAAGGUCCCCACUCGUUCCAGUCUAAGAAGGAAGAAUUCUUCCGUCAAGGAUUUGGUGAAGCAGAUUGAGACUUCCCGUGUUGAAAAGAAGCCCUCCCAAUGUGGAAAUGUCUCAAGUGGCAAUGAAGGCGACAACAUGGGCUUUGACGAGCCCUUGGAUGAGUGGGUCGAUGCCAAGGAGUUCUUUAUGAAUCCUGCGAGUGCUCGAUCCGACGUUUUGUCGAGUGAAAAUGGGUGUAAGCGCUCAUCUAUCAUCAAGAUAAGGCAAGAGAACAAGGGUCUCGUGUCUAAAACCAAGGCGACGUUCGCGAAGCCGCAGUUGCCUCCAAAAUUAAAGGUACCCCCGACCCUUGUUCACACCACACCCAAUGGGGCCACUACCUCACGACGUUUAUCCGCUCGCAUGGGUGUAUCAACAGCCAUGACCACAUGCACACCGAAAGCUGGAUCAGGCUCCACCCCUUUCUCGUCUAGCAAACGCCGUCAAACAUUAACGGGCAUCCGAACCUCCGUUAAAUUCAAGCCAGUGCCGCCCUUUCCCUAUCAGGAUGUGGGGUGUGGGAAGGUGGCCCCAUCACCUAACUCGCACCACGCCUUGACGAACCAGCGUCCACCCAAAUUGCCCCCUAGAAUUAGGACAACCCCUGCGCAGAGUGGGACUCCGGUCCACUACGACGCUCCAUUCAUCUCCAGGAAGCCCAAAGGCUCCGAUCGGAAAACUCGCCGGCACGAAGAGAAACGACAUCUGACCAUUGGCUAUUCGGGAGAGGUUAGGAGCCCGUUGCGAGAGCGCCAAAACAUCGUCCCGACCGUACAACGCUCCAAAUCGGCUCAGACACCGUUGCAAAGAAAAGCCGUGAACAAGAAAACUACUGCUGCUGAUGACGAUGAGAACAAUUCUCUACACCCCAUGGUGCGACGUUCCCAAUCCAUGCGUGACCCUGAAGGUAACGAAGAAAACUUACCCUCGCCUGCUCAAAUGAGCGGCGGUACGCCCAACAUCAAUUCCGUUAAACGUCACCAUUCGGAACGGACUCCGAAGGAGCGUGCUCAUUUGAAGCGGCUCGAGUCGCGGAGGAAGAACAGCAGCAUUCAUUCGGCGUACACGCCCAUGCGAGGGCAUAAAACAGUUGUUAAGAUAUAAUACGUAGAGAGAGACUGAGCCUACGAAUGAUCCCGUCAUUCAGUUCGCGUUUCGAUACUGUAAUCCCCACUUCAGGCCACACUGCAUAGUGCAUAAUAACCUUCAAAUUCAACUCAAGCUUGGCUUUGAUACUCAAAGUAAAUAAAUCCUUUCUAACUUC